AUGCCUUCACGUAGGUGCCUCACCACCGGGACUGUACUGGCUCUGGCCGCCUCCGUUGCCCAAGCCCAACUGGGGAAUUAUUCCACCAUCAGCAAUGUUUCUAGCUCGGCCUGCCCAUCGGAAGGAGGUGCACACAUUAUUGUUGCUCGAGCGUCAACGGAACCUCUCGGAUAUGGCAUUAUCGGGGCCGUCAAAGACCUUGUUCUCGAAGCCGUACCUGCAAGCAACGCCGAGUAUGUGGUUUACCCAGCCACAUUAACAGACUACUUCAACUCAGAAUCAGAUGGUGUCCUGGGAAUGAAGGAAUUAGUUGAAGCCUAUGUCGCACAAGAUUGCCCAAACAAUGCUCCACUUGUUCUCAUGGGCUACUCACAAGGAGCUCAAGUUGUGGCAGACUACGUCUCGGGCCAGAACGUGGGCGUCUUUCCAUACAACAGCAGUCUUGCCGAGCCCGCACCGGACAACGUUCUUUCAAAAAUAGCAGCGAUCAUCACCAUGGGUGACCCGAGUAUCAACAUCACGAACAACCCAGCACACGUUGGAAACUCGACCAAGCCAGGAUUGUUCGAACGAUUCGGGAAUGCAACCAGCAUCUUCGAGACAAGCGGCCUGGACAACAGGACACAGGCUUACUGCAACGCUUUGGAUCCAUACUGCGCCAGCGCCGGCAACUUCGACAACAUCACUGUCCAUCUGGUGUACGUCCAGGAGUUCGGUAUGCAAGCACGGGACUUUGUCGUUCAAAAGAUCGAAGAAUGGUAUGGAAGCAGCACUGGUACUUCGAACGGGACUGCGAACGGCACUUCGAAUGGAACGACAUCUGAGGGCGGAACAAUGUCUGGAGCAUCCGCGCCUUCGCCUUCUGACAGUGCUGCAAGCAGUAUCCGAGACAUGCAGGCGAGCAUUACAGCGGCACUGCUGGUAACGAUCGGUUUUGCAUUUGCCUACGCCCUAUAGGCGAUCAGAGGCUCUACAAGAAAUUAUUGAUGAGCAUACGGGUUUUAUUUCUAUUCCAGCAUGGACAGGUGCCUAGAAAGGUUCUCCAAAUCGGUGUACACGGGACGACAAUGAGUGGAUACUCGGAAGAGCAUGCUCAAUGGACUUCUAAUGGGCGUAACGUUUCAUGAGAUUCUGCGGACAUUUGCAUCUCUGAGUGCAGGAAAAGAAGCUGCUUGCCGGAGUCAGCCCGCAGCAGUCCUCACGGCGAAGAUCCAG